AGAGGACAGAUUUUUGCCUUGUUCUCUAAGAGCAAACCUUGGCUACCAAUGGAUAUGUGUUGGUAUGAAUUUCUCAUCAGACAAAGGUGCCCAGGACCAAGCCAGACUUGUGUUUUCUUUUCUAAAAGAUGAGGUAGAAGCUAAGGGAUUCAGACUAUCAGAUGCUGUAUUGAUCCAUCUUUACCUGAAAAGUAUGAGUGACUUUAUUGCAGUUAAUACAAUCUACAAGACAUUCUUUGGCUUAAAUCCUCCUGCAAGGGUUUGUGUUGAAGCCCCUAUGUUUGGUGGAGAACAUCUCAAGGUUGACUGCCUUUUACAUAGUUAUGAAACAUCCCAUGUAUACUCUUUGGUUCCCCAGAAGCAAAUUAUGCAUGUUCAGAGUGUAUCACACUGGGCUCCAGCUAAUAUUGGACCUUACAGUCAAGCUAUAAAG